GCAGCUGCCUGACGGAUGCGGUUGCGCCGCUUGGGCGACGUUGGCCUCGGCCGUUCCCAGCUUGGCUGGCUGGCUGGGCAGGGAAGAAGACAGGAAGUAUCUUGACUAUGGAGGUGAAACCAUGAAGAAGUAGCAGGAAGAAUAAUAAUGUUUUUCCGAAAUCGUUUUCUGUUCUUGUUGGCCUUGGCAGCCUUAUUAGCCUUUCUGAGUCUUAGCCUACAAUUCUUACACUUGAUCCCUGUUAAUCCGGUUAAAGAAGAUGGUCUGAAUUCCAAGAAUCGAAAAAGAAUAAUGCCUAAUCCACUGACAGAACCGCCUGCCAUAGAUCCCAUUUAUGAAGCACAGUUUUACUGUAAUAUUCCCAACGUACCUGAACGCAGUAUGGAAGGUCAUGCACCUCAUUAUUUUAAGCUGAUUUCUCUUCAUGUGCUGAUUCGCCAUGGGGACCGAUAUCCUCUUUAUGCCAUUCCCAAAACGAAAAGGCCAGACAUUGACUGUACAUUAGUCCCUAACAGAAAGCCUUCCCAUUCUCAGCUUGAAGCUUUUAUUAGCCAUAUGUCUAAAGGAGAGGAAGCCCAAAUGGAUGGCAUUCUGGGCAGCAUGCCUCGUUACCCCAGCCAUUCACUGUGUGAAAUGGGAGAACUCACACAGACAGGGAUUGUACAACAUUUGCAAAAUGGACAACUGCUACGGGAUAUUUAUAUAAAGAAGCAUAACUUGGUACCAAGUGAUUGGACCAGUAAACAUUUGUAUUUAGAAACAACUGUAAAGAGUCGAACGUUACAGAGUGGGCUAGCAUUACUCUAUUCCUUCCUGCCAGAAUUUGACUGGAAGAAAAUUAACUUUAGGAACCAAUGGAGCACAAUUUUUUGUUCUGGAAAUUGUGAUUGCCCAAUAAGAAACCAUUACCUAGAGGAAGAGCAACGGCGUCAGUAUAGCCUACGGGUGAAAAACAUAAAUUUGGAGAAAACAUAUGCAGAUAUGGCAAGAAUAGUUGGCAUACCCACAAGGCAGUUAAGGGCUUCUAACCCUACAGAUUCUUUGUUGUGCCAUUUUUGCCAUAACGUCAGUUUCCCAUGUACUAAGAAUGGCUGCAUCAACAUUGAGCACUUUAAAGUAAUCAAGACACAUCAACUUGAAGAUGAAAAGGAGAGGCAGGAGAAGAAAUAUUACUACUUGUAUGCCCUACUGGCCACUCAUCCUAUUCUUAACCAGACUGUUAAUCGUAUGCAGCGCAUUGCAGAAGGCAAGAGAGAAGAAUUAUUCGUCCUUUACUCUGCUCAUGAUGUCACCUUGUCACCUGUUCUUAGUGCCUUAGGCAUUACUGAGGCCCGGUUUCCAAGAUUUGCAGCUAGACUAGUCUUUGAGCUAUGGAAAGAUGGAAAGAAAUAUAAGGAACACUUUAUUCGCAUCCUUUAUAAUGGUGUUGAUGUCACAUUCCAGACUUCCUUCUGCCGGGAUUAUAACAAACAUUACAGCAAGCUGAUGUGCCCUUUGGAGAAAUUUGUUCAUUUUGUUAAGAAGGACAUGUUUUCACCUUUUAAUAGCACCAAUUAUUACAAUGCAUGUCGCAGGAGACCAUUCUAAAUGAGGGAGAAAUAAAAUAAAAUGUUACAUUUUGUCAGAGUCUGUCUCUGAGAAAUCUUGACACUGUAAAAUUCUAGUGUGUCUAAGUGCAAAUGAAUAUAGCUUGAAAUGUUUUUUUUUUUUUUUUUUGCCAAACCUCAUUCUGGAUUGAUUUAAAAUGUCAUAAAUGUAUAACGACUGUCAGUGCUGGCAGGACAGGAAUUAUUUUCUUUGUGCUCAACUUGAUUUGUCUCUUAGCUGCUGUAAAAAUGGAUAUUGCUUGAAGAACUGAAUGGAAAUAUUCUGGUUCGUUGUUAUUCCACUACAAAGGUUGCCAACAUAAAGCCAACACAAACAGUUCUAAUAGCUGCCAUAACAGAAAGUAUUUCUUCAUUCCACAGGUCCAUUCUUACAAUUGAAAUAUUCUUGAACUGUCAGGUCUUUUUCUUUGAUCGAAAGUAAAUUAUAACCACUCUCUUUUUCCCCCUCCGAGGUGCCUGCAUUCAAAUGCUUUCUGCGCCCAAGACUCUGGAACACUUGGCCUUUCGCUACUAUACAGGAGUUACUUCAUAUAUGAUGUUGAUAGUGUGAAGUCUACUACUGUUUAGUGCAGGCUGUAGUAUUUCACAUGGCUUCUCGCAUUGUUUGGUUGGAGCAUGUAGAAAAUCUCUAUGCCGGCAUGCACUGACUUCCUGGGAAGUAUCAGCAUUGUCAGAAAUGCCAUUGUGGGCCAAUCCAUAUAGGAAGACAUUUACAAGGAUUACAGCCUCCUUGUGGAUCCCCUAUUAUGUGGAAGCAUUUUGGGUUUUGUUAGAAACCAAACCACCAUAUCAUAUACAAAGCAACCCCUAGUUCUGUUCUUUGCACUUUUAGCACUUUAUGUGUACUUUGAACACAAAUUCCAAGUUGUGCCAGAUGCUAGAAAAGGAUUCAGAACUAAAUGUAGAGGAGUUACAUAGGAAGUAGAAAACUUCAAAUCUGACUUUUAAUACACUUCUUUAGGAUCUUUCUGUAUAUGUGUUCAAUCCAUUUGUGCUGGCAAUGUGUUUAGCAGUUUGUUAUAAUGGCUGCAUGUGGCCAAAAGAGAACUUGACUUAAUGCUUAAUUUUGUAGUCCAUUUAGUACUUUUAUAGACUAGGAAGACAUUUUAUAAGCUCAGUCUUGUUUUUUACAGUAUGUGAUUGUACUAUAGUGUAUUAAGUGUUUUUUACCUUCUUUGUAAAGAGAUGCCAAAAGCCGUUUUCAGACAGUUCUCCUUUAACCAUGGUACAUAGGUCUAUGGGGGUGGGGGAGAUCUUAUGAUUAAUUUUACUGGAUAAACUAAUAAUGCAUAUUAAUUCAAUUUUAAAAUGUUUUCUUCAUAUGGUAUUUUUAGACAGCUUGGGAGAAAUUUUUGUUACUGUUGGAAUGCUACAUUUUGUAAUGUUGGAGUUUUUACACACCCAAACACCAUAAUUUAGCGUGUGACAAGUUGAAAUGGUGCUAGCAAUUAAAAGGAGCUGUGAUUUGUGUUCUAACUUUAUUGGUACUUCAGCCCCCUUUUAAAAAAAUAUGCAUUUGAAUGUUUCUAUAAAUAAAGUUUUGAAGA